AUGACCGAGCUUGUUGGCUCUCAUACCGCAUCCAUUAAAAAAUUGGAGAUGCAAAUGAGACAUCUCUCUAGGGAACAAAACCCGAAGCAAAAAGGGACACUUCCAAGUGACACAAUUACGAACCCAAAGGGUAGUAGGAGUGGUCCAACUUCUCAUAUCAUGGCAAUUACUACUCGGAGUGGGAAGGUACUACAAGGAGGGAGUGAACAAGUGGUUGAAGUCGAAGAAUCCAAACAUGAGGCUUUGGUUGAAGAGCCAAGUGUUGUUGAAGUUGAAAAGUUAUCGGUGAAUAUUCCAUUUGUAGAAGCAUUUCAAGAGAUGUCGGGUUUUGCUAAAUAUUUGAAAGACUUUAUUACCAAGAAGAGAACCACCAAGAAUGAAGUGGUGAAUGUGACUCACCAGGUUAUUUCCAUCACUGCAACAUCCACCGUUCAAAAGAAAAAAGACCUGGGAGCUUUCACCAUUCCAUAUCCUAUUAGGACACAUGAUUUUGCAAGAGCCCUUUGUGAUAAUGGGGCUAGCAUCAACUUAAUGCCUCUUGUCAUUUACAAGCAAGUAGGGUUAGGUAUGCCAAGGCCCACAAGUAUGAGAUUGCAAAUGGUCGAUCGUUCCAUAAAUAAACCGGUGGGAAUUGUCGAUGAUGUGCUUGUAAAAGUGGGAAAGUUUCAUUUACCCACCGAUUUUGUAAUCCUUGAUUGUGCAGUUGACAAAGAGAUCCCUAUCAUUUUGGGAAGACCAUUCCUUACCAAAAGAAGAGCACUAAUGGAUUCGGAACGGAAUGAGAUCAAAUUCUGUGUUAAUGAUAAAGAGGUUACAUUCCAAGCAAGUAAGGAUAUGAAACUACCACAUGAAUAUGAAAGCAUCUCGGUGAUUGAUGUUGUUGAUGAAGUGGAAGAUGCGGUUGAAAUGAAGAUGGAAGAACAAUGCCUCGGUGAGGUGUUGGCGGCUAUUUUGGUGAACUUCGAUGGUGAAGAUAUGGAUGGCUAUAUGGAAUUAGUCAAUGCAUUGGAUGGGCUUGGGUCCUACACUUAUGCUCCGGCGAAGCUCUCUCUCGACUUGGAGAAUAGAGCCACUCCUCCCGCAAAACCUUCCAUUAUUGAGCCACUGCAACUAGAGCUCAAACCACUUCCACCACAAUUGAGGUAUAAAUAUUUUGGCUUAAAUGAUACUUUACCAGUAAUCAUUUCUUCUUUGUUUAAUGAUGUGUAG